AUGGUCAUCAGCACCGACAGCGCCGGCCCCGAGGCCAGUGCGCCCGGAAACGCCAAGCCGGUCGUCCUCAUCAUCGGCGCUGGCGUCAGUGGGCUGCUGCUCGCCCAGCACCUCAAGCGCGAGGGCGUCUCGUACCGCAUCUUCGAGCGGGAUGCCGAUUUGGCGACUCGCGGCGCCGGCUGGGGCUUGACGCUGCACUGGUCUCUCACGGCGCUGCAGAACCUGUUGCCGCCGGGGCUUGCGGAGCGUAUCUGCGACGAAUCCAGCGUGGAUCGAUGGGCGGAUCGACGUGGUGAGCUGUCGAGAUUCCCCUUCUUCGAUCUUGAUAGCGGAGAGCUCAAGACUCAGACGCCGGGAGCGGUCAAGAGCGCAAGAGUUCGAGUGACUCGGCAGAGGUUGCGGAAAUUAUUGGCAGAGGGGAUUGAGAUUGAGUGGGGGAAAACCCUCCGCGAGUUCCAUACCAGCGACAACGGCACAGUCAGCAUCUCUUUUGAAGAUGGCACCUCAUGCACCGGGACGCUGUUGGUCGCAUGCGAUGGAGGCCAGUCGCGCGUGCGUCGCGCCCUGUUCCCUGACCAGACAAACCUGAUGCUGCAGCUGCCUGUACGGACCAUGGGUGUCAAGAUGUUCUUGACGGCGGAGCAGAUCGAGCCGAUCCGGAAACUAGAUCUGUUUUUCCUCCAAGGUGCAUCGCCAACCAACGAUUCCUUCAUGUACAUCAGCGUCCUCGAUGUCCCCGGAAACCAGGCCGACAGCGACCCCGAUGUCUUCAGCUGCCAGCUGCACUGCUCGUGGCCAUAUCCGGGCAGCGGAGCGCCGCUAGACGUCCCGGCCACCAACAAGGAACGAUGCGAGCUGUUGCGUGCCUUUGCAAAAACUUGGUCCGAUCCUUUCCGGUCUCUUGUUUUGAACAAUGUGCAUGCCGACACGGAAAUCAAGCGCCUGGAUGUGCUUGACUGGGCACCGCCCAUAGGCUUGCACUCGAAUGGCCAAGUGGUGUUGAUGGGCGAUGCGUUCCAUCUAAUGUCCAUGUACCGUGGCGAAGGCGCCAACCAUGCUAUCGUCGACGUGCUCGACUUUGCGACGCACGUCGUCCCACUACUGGCGCACAAUCGCGACGACUUCAGCGCAAGGACGGACUCGCAAGUGCCUACCCUUCAGAGUCAAGGUUCGGAUUUCCGGCAGGCUCUGCGCCAGGCGCUAGAUGCCUAUGAAGACGCCGUCGUCUCUCGUGCCCGGCCAGGGGUACUGGCCUCACGCAGGGCUUGCUUAGACGCGCACGCCUUUUCCAGGCUGUUUGGAGAGGCAGCGACCGGCGUCAGCCCGUUGCUCAGCAAGCGCGAGAUGAUGCUCCAGUUUGACGACGAGUCCACGGAGCUAAUCAAGUAG